AUGCGUGAGAUUGGACAGCGUCUUGCUUUGGCUGCACCAAGUGAAACUACCAUCGGCAAUAUCAUUCGCCGUGUGCUGCACAUCAUCCGUGAGGAAGUCCAAAACGGCGACAAGGCAUUGGCCGACGGCACACCGCAGUUCCCGCCACAAACCAUCAUGCCGCUCGAUGCGCAGCAACCAGCGUCGCCGAGCCCGCUUCGACAAGACACGCUCGUUGGUUCCGGAGCAGGCACUGGCACGACAACCACUUCCGAGCCUCUUCAAGAGCACGGAGCGUCGUGGUGUCCCAUCUUUGUUCAAAUUCGCUGUGGCAUUUAA